AUGUCACAGGAUACAGACCUUGAGCAAGGAUCAAAGACUAUAUACUCAUAUGAAGCUUAACUCUCAGGUAUACGUUGCACAGGAUGUACUAAAAAGAUUUCUGAUAAUCUCAAAGAAUUCUCAAGCAUAAAGUCAUUCAAUAUUAAUGUUAUCGGUGAGAAGGGUCUAUUCCACUUUUAUGAUAAGGAAACUGCAUAAUUAGUGGAAUCAAAAAUCAAAUCUUUAGGCUUCAAAAUUCUGAAUGGAUUCUAAGAAAUCAUCUAAAAAACCGAUGCAGCUGAUACCACUCGCUAGAUACAUUUCUUAAAAAAGUAAAAAGAGCAAAUGGACAUAAAAAACUUAUAAAAAGUGAUCGAAAACUAAUUUGGAGGUAUACUUGAUGUCCAACAAAUUGGCUUAGAUAUUUUUAUGGUUAAAUAUAACUCUAAGGUUGUGAAAGGCCGUUAAAUUUAUGACUUUAUACUUUAAUAGUAUGAAGGGAAGCUAGAAGUUUACAACAAUUAUAUUUCUGGAUUUAAAAAGUAAAAUGUUAAAAAUGAGGUUCUAGAAAUUCGUGAUGUUAUCAUAGCACUUCUAGUUUGCAUUGUUUUUAUCGUUAUGGCUCUUAUUCUUCCCAUAUUUGAUUUCUUCGAAGAAGUUUAAGUUUAUCCUCUGAAAUUUAAUGUCAUAACCCUUUAUGUCAUAUUUUUGUUUUUACUAACUGUUUUUACUCUUUACUACUUUGGUAAAGGUCCUAUUUACAACUCAUUUGUUAACUUUAAGAAAUACAGAAUAAUGAAUAUGGAAACUCUUGUUGCUUUAGGAGCGCUGUCAGCGGCUAUUAUGAGCAUUUUCUUAAUAGUAAUUUACUUUAUAGAAUUAGAAGAUGAUUCUAAUAGUAUGAGCCAUAUGUCAGAACACGAAAAAUCAGAUCGUAAAAUGAAAAUUGAGGAUAUAGUUCACAUGUUAGAAACAGCUGCUCUAAUUUUAUCUAUUAUCACCAUAGGUAAAUACUUAGAAGGAUAAUCUAAGCGUUCAAUCAUUUAAAUGACUGAAAAACUUUUCCCUGAAGAAUAGCUCUUAGCUAACUUAAAUACCAAAUAUAUUGAACCUAAAAAUAAAAAAUUUGAUAUAGAUGUAGAAAAAUCUUAUGAUAUUUCUUAUAUAGAUAAAGAUGAUUUUAUCUUAGUAGAGGCUCCUUAUAAGCUUCUAACAGACAGUACAGUAGUACACAUUUACACUCCAACUUUAAAAGCCAUUGAUCAGGUUUGUUAUGGGUGGGAUGAUGCUUUUGAAGUUAAAAAAGGCUAAACAUUAAAGAGUGGAGCUGACAUUACUGAAGGUAAAGCUAUACUAUAAAUAAGCAACACUAUUGAAGAUAGUAUGCUAUUUUAAAUUAGCAAACAGUUGAAUAUUGCUUAAAAUAACUCUGAAUCAACUGAAAAUGGUAUUGCUGCGUUAUUCAAAAAAGUUUCUGAACACUUUGUGAAAGUAAUUAUUUUCAUCGCUUUUUUGAGUUUGAUAAUUUGGUGUAUACUGAUUGCUACAGAUUCCUACACUGUUGAUAAUUAUUGUGUUUGGUGCUUUCCUAUUGAAAGAUUCAUUUCCGUUUUAGUAGCUUCAUGUCCUUGUGCACUUGGAUUAGCAAUUCCAUCAGUAAUUGUAGUAACUUUGAAUAUGGCUAUGAAAAACUCUAUCUUGAUUAAAAAGAACUCCGUUUUUGAAAAAAUUAAAAAAGUUCAGGCAAUUAUUUUUGAUAAGACAGGUACUCUCUUUACAAAGGCCGAGAAAAUAGACUAUUUCCAUAACUACUCAAAUGGCGUUUAUUCUGAUUAAUCUUUAUGGUAGAUUAUUCAAAUCAUUGAAAAAGAUAUCAAGCAUCCUUUAGCUGAUCUUCUUUACUAAGAAUCUGUUGCUCGUGGCUGUAAUGUAUUUUAAGCAGAUUACAAGAUGGUAGAUAGACCCACAUUUGAUGGUAAAAAUGGUUUGUCAGCACUUCUAUAUGACACCAAAAGAAAUAGUGCCUCACUAGAAGUUAAAAUUGGAAACGUGAAACUUAUGACUUAAAGUUAAAUCACCAUCUAAGAAGAAAAUCAAUUAUAGAUAGAUGCAUAUUUAAAAUAAGGAUACACUGUCCUUCUAGUCUCCAUAAAUAAAUUGCUAAGCGCAUCUAUAGUGUUAGAUAAUUAAAACAAUUUAAGACCUGAAGCUAGAUAAGUUGUUGAUUAUCUUCAAAAGAAUUUAAAAAAAGAUAUUUAUAUUCUUAGUGGAGAUCAUAAAGACACAGUUUUAGAAGUUGGUAAAUAUUUAGGAAUCCCUGAAUAAAAUUUGAUUGGAGAAUGCGAUGCAAAGAGUAAGUAGUAACUUUUAAAAACGUUAAAGGAGAAAUAAAAUAAGGAGGUUAUGAUGAUCGGUGAUGGUUUAAAUGAUAUUCUUUCAUUAUAAGAAGCUUGUAUAGGUGUUUCAAUAAACGCUAAGUCAGAAUUAAACCUCAUGGCCAGUGAUAUUGUUGCUCUUAAUGAAAAUUUAUGGAAAAUUCCAUUUUUAUUUGAGCUUAUAAAAGUGGCUAAUAUUUUUAUUUAUUUAAAUCUUUGCUGGUCAUUUGCAUAUAAUGUAUUAAUGAUUCCUAUGGCUGCUGGUGUUUUUGAGCCUGUAGGAAUACAUGUAUCUCCCCUUAUAUCAAGUGCUUCGAUGAGUGGUAGUUCUAUAGUAGUGGUUUUAUUCAGUAAUCUACUUAGACUUUAUAGAUUUAAAGAACCAGCUGUUAAUAUUUAAAAAGUUGUUAAUAGCCCAAAAGAAAAAAUAAAUUUCAAUAAGAAUACUAGACAUGAUAAUGUUGCAUAGCCAGUCAUACAAACAAUAAUUACUUAAGCAACAUAAGAGAAUUAAGAUUUACUUAAAACUAACUAAAGUUGA